GCCCAUCCGGCUCCCUCAUUACUGCCGGCGCCAACCCGGGGUCGGGGUGUCUAAUUGGCAGCGCCCUCGGAGGUCAGCCGAUUCCCCGGCGUUCGUUAGCUCGAGGGACUUAUGCAAGGAGAAUUGAAAGUUUUCUCCUGAUAAGAAAAACCACUCCCCAACUGGAACUUCCCUCAACAUGAGUGCGGCAGAAAAGAGCCCCAGGAAAGCCGAAAAUGCAGAUUACAUUGAAUCUUCUUUGGAUGAGUCAGCAGUGGACGAGGAGCUGAAGGCUCGCGAGAGGGCACUGGUUUGGAAGCAAGAUUUGCGCAUUCUCCCUUUGAGCGCUGGCAUCUACCUUCUCUGCUACUUGGAUCGAUCUAAUAUCGGUAAUGCGAAGAUCCUCAACGAGGAUUCGGGCAAUGACCUUCUCACCGAGACGAAGAUGAGCUCCUACGAGUACACCAUUGCGUUGAUGGUGUUUCUCAUCGCCUACGCUCUCUUCGAGGUCCCCUCGAAUUAUUUUCUGAAGAAGUUGAAACCAAGUCGGUGGAUUGCGUUCCUCAUGUUGUCAUGGGGGGCAUGCACAAUGGGCCUGGGUGGUGCGCAUAACUAUGCCCAGGUGACCGGGAUUCGCUUCUUACUUGGAGUCAUGGAAGCGGGACUCUUCCCGGGCCUUGUUUACUUCUUAACCUUCUGGUAUCGGAACUCGGAGCGUUCCUUGCGGGUGGCCCUGAUCCUGGCAUCGGCCACUUUAGCAGGCGCCUUCGGAGGGGCCAUUGCCUACGGAGUGGGACACAUGAACCAGGUCCAUGGUCUGUCAGCAUGGCGCUGGUUAUUCAUCAUCGAAGGUGCGCCAUCCUGCGCAUCGGCCUUCCUCGUAUGGUUUCUUCUUCCUGACUAUCCGGAGUCGGCCUCGUGGCUCACGCCCGAGGAGAAAGAACUCGCCGCACAACGACUCCGCGUGGAAGGUUCCCAGGGGAAGGCACAGGCCAUGGCAUGGGAGGAAGCGAAGGGAGUAUUGACGGAUUGGCGCCUCUACGCCCAUUACGCAGUGUAUUUCGGCAUAUCGGCCCCCUUUUCCAGCUUGUCCCUCUUCUCCCCGGCCAUCACCAGUGGUCUUGGCUAUGCAAACCUGCGUGCUCAACUCAUGACCGUCCCGCCCUGGGCGGUAGCAUAUGUAGUCACCACCGCGGUGGCUUGGUCUGCGGAUUAUUUUAACAGUCGAGGACUCCAUUCAGCCAUCUUCUCGUUCAUCGGAGCCAUGGGUUUUCUAGCGUCUGCCGUGCUCCCGGCAGACGCCUACCUGCACCGAUACGGGUGUCUCAUCGUGGCGACCAGCGGCGCAUUUGCUUGCAUCCCGCCCCUGCUCGGCUGGCUCUCCGCCAACAUCCGGUCCACCGCGGGGACGGGACUCGCGAUUGCCCUCAACGUUUCCUUCGGGGCGCCCGGCCAGAUCGUCGGCGUGUGGAUCUACAAAUCCAACGAGGCCAAAAGAGGGUAUCCGACCGGGCACUGGACCAACGCGGCGCUGCUUCUUGGGGUUUGCGUAGGGUGUCUGGCGUUGCGACUUUAUUACGGAUGGAGGAACAGGCGCAUUGUGGUCGGAGAGAAGUUUGCGUAUUAGCCUUUGGGACUGGGGGCGGGACAGCGCUAGUUGUAAUUAAGGUGGACGACGAAGCUUCCUGAUCGAGAGGAUCGGAUGUUAGUGAACUGGACGAACCAUGGAACCGGGGGGGAGGGGCACGUGAGCAGGAAAUAAGGUUAAGCUCACAACAUGACCGUGACCAGACCCAAAGACUCGGGUCCGUCCAUCUAUCAUGCAAAUGCCCCCGACCAAGGGCGAGUUCUUUCAGGGGGGGAUUUGAGGAUGAGGAGAGGUAGAGCAAUAGGGGAUUGCUCUGCAUCCAGAAAGGGGUCUAGUCGCUCCAAAAUUGAGGGGCCCAGAAACCAAG